GUUACGGUAGUUGUCCUUUGUUUUUUAGGUCUUCCAACAGGUCCAUGAAAACUGAAAAGGCAGGGAAGCCGCGCAAUUUGUUUGCCUCUCUCCGUCUCAUUGUAUGCCGCCCUCUUAUGUUCUCAAAAUCCACUCGCUCUGUUCUCCUUUGACCUUGUCAACUUCACAUUCCUCAUCCCUCGAGCAAAUGAUCUCCAUGGCAUCCGUUUCCCCAACACGCAUCUCUCCACACUCCCAUCCUCGCUCCCUUGAAAACCCAUUACUCACUCUCUUCGAAAAUUGCAAGUCCAUGGACCAACUCAAGCAAAUCCAUUCCCAAACAAUCAAAACAGGGUUGACAUCAAAGCCGGUUGUACAAAAUAAAAUUGUAUCCUUCUGUUGUACGCAUGAAUCUGGCGAUAUGAGCUAUGCCCGUUACAUGUUUGACACCAUUCCUGAACCAAGUGCGUUCAUUUGUAACACCAUGAUAAAAGGCUAUUCUAGGAUUCAUCUGCCUGAAAAUGGGAUUUCUAUGUACUUGGAAAUGUUGAGAAGGAAUGUCAAGCCUGACCAUUACACUUUCCCGUUCUUGUUAAAGGGUUUUACACAUGAUAUUGCAUUGGCAUGUGGGAAACAGUUGCAUGGUCAUGUAGUGAAAUAUGGGUUUGAUUCUAAUAUGUUUGUUCAAAAUUCUUUUGUACAUAUGUACUCUUUGUGUGGUCUGAUUGAUAUGGCUCGUGGUGUUUUUUAUUCGAGUCAGAUAAGGGAUGUGGUUACUUGGAAUGUAAUGUUAUCUGCAUACAACAGAAUUAAACAAUUUGAUGAAGUACGGAGGCUUUUUUAUGAGAUGGACAAAAAGGGAGUGUCGCCCACUUCAGUUACCCUUGUUCUAGUGCUAUCAGCUUGCUCCAAAUCCAAGGACUUAGAUAUUGGCAAGCGGGCUCAUGAGUAUGUCAAAGAAUGCAAGGUUGAACCCAAUUUGAUAUUGGAAAAUGCUUUGAUUGAUAUGUAUGCAGCUUGUGGAGAAAUGGAUCUUGCGCUUGGGAUUUUCCGGAACAUGAAGACCAGGGAUGUGAUUUCUUGGACUGCCAUUGUUGCAGGGUUUGCCAAUGCUGGAGAAGUUGAUUUAGCUCGGAGGUAUUUUGACCAGAUGUCUGAAAGAGAUUAUGUUUCAUGGACUGCCAUGAUUGAUGGGUACCUUCGGAUGAACCGGUUCAAAGAGGCUUUGACACUUUUUCGUCAGAUGCAAACUUCAAAUAUAAGACCGGAUGAGUUCACCAUAGUCAGUGUUCUAACUGCUUGUGCACAUCUUGGGGCACUUGAAUUAGGAGAAUGGAUAAAGACAUAUAUUGAAAAACACAAGAUCAAGAAUGACGUGUAUGUAGGAAAUGCUUUAAUAGACAUGUACUUUAAAUGUGGAAACGUGGAAAAAGCGCAAGGGAUUUUUAAGGAGAUGCCUCGGAUUGAUAAGUUUACAUGGACAGCGAUGAUUGUUGGUCUUGCCAUUAAUGGGCUUGGUGAAGAAGCUCUGGAUAUGUUCUCUGAAAUGCUAAAAGUUAGAAUAGCACCAGACGAGAUAACUUACAUUGGUGUUCUAUGUGCUUGUACUCACACGGGCAUGGUAGACAGUGGAAAAAGGUUUUUUGCUAGCAUGACCACCCAACAUGGGAUUAAGCCCAAUGUCGCACAUUAUGGGUGCAUGGUUGAUCUUCUUGGCCGAGCUGGACAUCUAAAAGAAGCUCAUGAAGUUAUAAAGAAUAUGCCAAUGAAACCAAAUUCAAUUGUCUGGGGGGCACUUCUUGGUGCAUGUAGAGUACAUAAAGACGCAGAAAUGGCUGAAAUGGCAGCCAAACAGAUUCUUGAGUUAGAGCCUGAAAAUGGGGCUGUUUACGUUCUAUUAUGUAAUAUAUAUGCAGCUUGCAAUAGAUGGGAAGAUUUGCGUGAAGUAAGACAAACAAUGAAGGAUAGAGGAAUCAAGAAAACCCCAGGUUGCAGUUUGAUAGAGAUGAAUGGUAUCGUCAAUGAAUUUGUGGCUGGAGACCAGUCACAUCCUAAAUCUACAGACAUCUAUUCAAAGUUAGAUGAGAUGACAAGAGACUUGAAAAUUGCAGGGUAUUCACCUGAUACAUCAGAGAUUUCCCUUGAUGUAGGGGAAGAAGAUAAAGAGAGUGCACUAUACCGGCAUAGCGAAAAGUUGGCUAUUGCCUUUGGCCUUAUUAGUUCAGGACCUGGGGUCACAAUUAGAAUCGUGAAGAACCUUAGAAUGUGCGUGGAUUGUCACCGUGUGGCAAAGCUGGUGUCAAAUUUGUACAACAGAGAAGUAAUUGUUAGGGAUAAAACUCGAUUCCAUCAUUUCAGGAACGGUUCAUGUUCAUGUAAAGAUUAUUGGUGAGUUUGCGAAAUUGGCAGACUGUGAAGCGUUGAGUAGUCUUCUUGCUCCGUAUAUCAUCUGGCUUUGAAGAGCAACAGAGCAUCAAUACUUUCAGGGGAUUCUGUACCAUGAAGAGACAAAUUACAAUAUUAUAAGCUGGCAUUUGUAAAGGACUACAAUUGAGUUUUUUUUAGCAGAAAAGCCUAUUUAUUUUGUAGUCGGAUACAAGCAUAUUAAAAUCUAUUCGUGCCUAGUUUUAUUUUAAA